AUGGGAGAGGUUAACAAUGUCACAGAAUUUGUCCUCCUGGGCCUGACUCAGGAUCCCAGUGCACAAAUUGCAUUAUUUGUCAUGUUUUUACUCAUCUACAUUGUGACAAUGCUGGGCAGUCUGCUCAUUGUGGUAACUAUCCUUGCCAGUCCCUCUCUAGGCUCCCCAAUGUACUUCUUCCUUGCCAAUCUGUCACUCAUAGAUGCAGUUUAUUCCAGUACCAUCUCACCCAAGUUUCUUAUGGAUCUGCUCAGCAAUGGGAAGACCAUUUCUUUCUUAGCCUGCAUGAGCCAGCUCUUUAUAGCACACCUGUUUGGUGGUGCUGAAGUCUUCCUUCUGGUGGCGAUGGCCUAUGACCGCUAUGUGGCCAUCUGUAAGCCUCUGUACUAUCUGACCAUCAUGAACAGACGGGUUUGUAUCUUUUUUUUGGUAGUGUCCUGGGAUGCAGGUUUUGCACACUCUGUGACUCAACUUGUGUUUGUGUCUCGUCUCCCCUUCUGUGGUCCAAAUGUCAUCAAUCACUUUGUCUGUGACAUGUACCCAUUACUGGAGCUUGCCCGCACUGACACCUGCCUGAUUGGCCUCACUAUGGUGGCAAAUGGUGGAUCCAUUUGUGUGGUGAUCUUCACCCUCCUCCUCAUCUCCUAUGGGAUCAUCCUCAACUCUCUUAGAAUUCAAAGCCAGGAAGGGAGGCGCAAGGCCCUUUCUACCUGCAGCUCCCACAUCAGUGUGGUUGCCCUUUUUUUUAUUCCCUGCAUUUUCAUGUAUGUCAGACCUGUCUCCAACUUUUCCUUUGAUAAAUUCAUAGCCAUUUUUUAUACACUGAUUACUCCUUUGUUAAAUCCUUUAAUAUACACUUUGCGAAAUUCAGAGAUAAAAAAUUCUAUGGAAAAACUCUGGCUUAAGAAUUUAAUUACUGAGAGAAGCUGUUACUAA